ACACCAAACCCAUUCCCACCUCUCUCCUUCUAACUUCUCACUCUACAGUCUACCCACCCCCCUCCCCACCCAAAAACCUUAUAAUUAGUUAUUUUGUUGGUUGCGGCUAAGUCUGAUCUGCCUUCAAAAAACUUUUUCUUUGAUUUUCACUAAAAAACUGUCGAACCUCUGUCCGGAUUCCGAAAAAAUGGCCGAUUUCGCCCAAGAAGAGGGCCUUUUUUAUGAUGAUUAUCAAACGGUACGUACUCAUUUUUCCCAAUUGUUGUUGUUGUUGUUAUAAUGAUUUAUUUAAUUUAUAUACUAAUUGAUUUAUGUUAUUGUUAUGCUAUCGUAGGUUGGGCCGGAUGUUGAUAUUUUCAAUCAACGAUAUUAUGUUGAUCAAGGACCGAUUGAUCCGACAGUUUUAUACGAUCAAACAAAUCAUCGUUCAAGAGACGUUUGGAACGACCACAAGGUACAUAUUAUUUAUCAUCACUUGUAAUUUGUAUUUUGCUAAAGUAAUUUAUUUGUUUGUACAAUAAUUUACUUAAUUGUUAAUCGUAUUGAUUAUUUUCAAUAAUUUAAAUCAAUACAAUACAACACUUAUUUAGACUCUUUAUAAAGAAAUGCAUGUCUAAGGAAAUGGAGACUUAAGCGAUCAUCAUGAUCCCCCCAUGACCUGGGAAAAUCGGGUUCUAAGCGAUCCUCGGAUCCCCCUUUUUCUGUCAAAAAAACUGUGUUUCUAAGGAGAUGUAUACCUCUCCUAAGAGUCUUACGAGUGUACUUGUAUUGCUUUAAAUUAUUGAAAAUAAUCAAUACGAUUAACAAAAUAAUAUAUUUGAUUUUAUGUGUAUGUGUACAAAAAAUAAUUAUACUUAAAUUUUGAAAAUUAUUUUAGUUAUGUUAAUAUUAAUGUUUAUUAGAUAAUGUAUAUUUAUCUAAAACAACCUUGAUUUAAUUAUUAUUGCAUCUUAUAAUAUUAUUUAGCUAUGUUAAAAAUUAAUGUUUAUUAGAUAAUGUAUAUUUCUAUAAAACAAUCUUGAUUUAAUUAAUAUUGCAUCUUAUAAUAUUAUUUAGUUAUGUUAAAAUUAAUGUUUAUUAGUAUGGAAUAGGUACACGGUCGUGAGGUACCUCAUCACCAUCUGCGUCUGAAUCUGGACCGGAAUCAUCAGCACCUUCCAGCGGAUCGAAGCUGUCUGCACUAACUUCGCCUUCCUCUUCUUCAACCUCAGGGUCACUAACUGGACUUGGAUUGACCUCUUCUUCCAUCUGAUUAUCAUCAUGAAAGGCACCUUCACCUUCACCAGCUCCGUAAUGGUAGUUGUGGUAACUAACACCGCUUUGAUAGAAGUUGUACUCGGGUGGGUACUGGUAGCCUGCUUGUUGGUUGUGAUCCGCCUGUUGAGCUUCUUCUUCAUAUGAAGGGAAGGAUUGAUGACUUCCUCCAGUUCCAUGAUGAUACUCCUGCCUCCAGCUCGAGUCUUGGAAAUCCUGGUGGGGAUGAUCUUCGUAUAAUACACUCCCACCGUGGAUACCAGAUGUUUGGCCAUCUCCAGAAUGACCUACACUGCCUUCGACGACCUCGGUGUAAACGAACAUCUCCGCUUGCUUAAUUUUAUUGGUGGUCAAAAAUUGGACCAUGACAUCAACGUCCUCCUGAGUGGUAAUCUGAGUGCACAUUUGAUGGAGCUCUUCAAGCAUCGGUCUCGUACGGACCUUCAUUUUAUAAAAAUUGCCACCGACGUAACUUACACCCUUUUCGAUCUCUUCCGUGUAACCAUUCCACCGCAACCCAAGCGCGAACCUUUGGAAUGCCAUCUACAAUGAAAAGUAAUACAAGUUACUAACAUAACAUCACAAAGGACAAUGAAAAGUAAUUAAGUUACUAACAUAAAAUCACAAAGGACAAUGAAAAGUAAUUAAGUUACUAACAUAAAAUCACAAAGGACAAUGAAAAGUAAUUACGAAACAAACUUACGAAUUAACGUUAAUCGCAAAAACUAAAUAAUUUAAAGGUGCAAAGCUGAUAUUUGAAGAAGGAAGAGGAGGAGUGAAGAAUUGAGUUCUCUGAAACAGCCUUUUAUAGGCAAAUUUUGCAGCAAAACCGCUGGGGGGGGGGAGCGGUUUUAGGUCUGCCAUGCAGCCCUACCCCCUGCAUGCAGACAUGUCCGAUAUGUUUGCUGUCGGGUGACUAGGCACAAACCGCGCCUUGGGGCAGCGGUUUAUGUCCUGACAUGGUAAACCGCCGCCUGGUGGGCGGUUUAUCAUGCCGACAUUUAAACGCUCCCUCUUCAAGCGUUUUGUGGUAGGGUUAGCCUAUAACCGCGCCUUCCAGAAGCGGUUUUUGCUGGAAAUUGAAAACGCCUCUUGGCAAGGCGGUUAUAUUAUAAACCACUGAUAGGAGGCGCGGUUUCAUUAAAAACCGCUCAUUUGAGGCGCGGUUUUAUAUACACUAUGGUAUUUUUGGAAAUUAUUGGGAAUGGGUGGUAUUUUUGUAUUUUUUUUAAACAGUGGUAGUUUUGGAUUUUUCCCUCUUUUUGCAAGGUUGUUAAGAUGUUCAUUAUCUUGGUUUGACAAGUGUUAUUAGUUCGAUCGAUGAGUACAAUCGGUUUAUGCUAGUUUAUGUAGGUUUUAAUAAAUAUUUAAAAAUUGA